GUGCGGCGCGACGGGGCGGGGCGGGCGGAACCACCGAAGCCCAGCACAGGGGGCGGCGCGGCGGCGGCGGGCUGGACGCAGAGCGCGGGCCGGGCACCGGGGGACUCCGUGCGGGGUCCUGUCCCGGAAGGCCGUGGUUUAAGGCGCGGGGACGCGGGAGGCCCGGGCGCGCAUUGGCGGCAGGCAGGCGGGCGAGCCCACGGCACGGCACACCCCCCCGCGCCCCCGCCCCCGCUCUGCGGAGAAUGGGCACCUCGGGCCGUGGGGCGCAGCCGGAGAAUAAACCCCAAUGAUCACGGACUGAGUCCGCGCCGCCACCAUGUCCGUGGCCUUCGCGUCGGCGCGGCCGAGAGGCAAAGGGGAGGUUACACAACAGACCAUCCAGAAGAUGCUGGAUGAGAAUCACCAUCUGAUCCAGUGCAUCCUGGACUACCAGAGCAAGGGCAAGACGGCCGAGUGCACACAGUACCAGCAGAUCCUGCACCGGAACCUGGUCUACCUGGCCACCAUAGCAGACUCCAACCAGAAUAUGCAGUCACUGCUUCCCGCGCCACCUACACAGAACAUGAACCUGGGCCCCGGAGCACUGAGCCAGAGCGGUUCCAGCCAGGGCCUGCAUCCCCAGGGCAGCCUCAGUGAUGCCAUCAGCACAGGCCUGCCCCCUGCUUCCCUCAUGCAGGGCCAGAUCGGUAAUGGUCCAAACCAUGUGUCCAUGCAGCAGACGGCGCAGAGCACACUGCCCACAACCUCCAUGAGCAUGUCAGGCAGUGGCCAUGGGACUGGGCCUGGCUACAGCCACUCGGGACCCACCUCACAGAGUGUCCCCAUGCAAGGCCAAGGUGCUAUCAGCAACUAUGUGUCUCGGACCAACAUCAACAUGCAGUCGAACCCAGUCUCCAUGAUGCACCAGCAGGCAGCCACGUCCCAUUACAACUCAGCACAGGGCGGGAGCCAGCAUUACCAGGGCCAGGCACCCAUUGCCAUGAUGGGCCAGGGUGGCCAAGGGAGCAGCAUGAUGGGACAGCGGCCCAUGGCGCCCUACCGACCCUCCCAGCAAGGCUCUUCCCAGCAGUACCUAGGUCAGGAGGAGUACUACAGCGAACAGUACAGCCACAGCCAGGGAGCUGCAGAGCCCAUGAGUCAGCAGUACUACCCAGACGGCCACGGUGACUACGCCUACCAGCAAUCGUCUUACACAGAGCAGAGCUACGACCGCUCGUUUGAGGAUUCCACACAGCACUACUAUGAGGGGGGAAACUCUCAGUACAGUCAGCAGCAGACUGGGUACCAGCAGGGCUCAGCGCAGCAGCAGACGUACUCCCAGCAGCAGUACCCCAACCAACAGAGCUACCCCGGACAGCAGCAGGGUUAUGGCCCUGCCCAGGGAGCCCCCUCACAGUACUCAAGCUACCAGCAAGGACAAGGCCAACAGUAUGGAAGCUACAGAGCGUCGCAGACAGGACCUUCCGCCCAGCAGCAACGGCCUUAUGGCUAUGAGCAGGGCCAGUAUGGAAAUUACCAGCAAUAAGGGAAGAGUGUUGUCUUUGGACCCUUCGUGGUAGUACGUUCUGGACAAGCCAGUGGCAGUUCUGAUGAGUCAUGACAUGUUGGUUACCCUGCGCCCAGUGCCAUGCCUGCAUGUGACGCAGGCUGAUUUCAUGCUGGGUAUGAUGCUACGCGUGCACGACUGGCUGCGAUGGUGUGAAGUAUUUGGUGCUGUGUAAAGUAUUGUAUAUCGACACAAUGGAGAGGUUGUCCUGUUUUUGCCCCUCACCCCUCCUCAAUGUUUUUAGCUAGCUCUGGGGGUCAUACUGUCAUCACAUGUUCUGUGCCCAGUGAUGAGACAAUAUCUAAAAGGUACCAUGAUCCAUGUUACUGUGAACAGACCCGGUGUGCUCCUCACACCAUUGUUGCAAAGUGGACUGUAAGUGUUUCUUUACCUGACUGCCCUUAGCUUGGCACACAUAUACAACCCUGGGUGGCCAUCUCUUCCUGUGCCUAGAUAGGGCUUGGGAAUACCACCUGUGUCUUGGACUAGUUUCGUGUGUCAUUGUAACAAAGAAAAUAUGCUUUGCGUGGAAAGACGAUGAGCUAUCCUUUCUGGAACUUACCCAUUGCCUGUGUCUCUCCACUCCUCGUGAUCCUAAAAAGUCUGUGUCUUUAAACAGUGAAGAGGGAUCAGUGUCCAUGAGGGCAGUGUGAGGGUGACCUGUCCCAGGGAGGACAGUGUUCUGAAGAGCAAGGCUCACUGUCUACCAGCUGUGUGUUUAUUUAAUAGUCAUUUCAAGAGUAUGCCCAGUCCUAAACUUAAGGAGAAUUGAAAGUACCGAUGCUAAAUUUUACAAGUUGGCAAGUGUUUGUAUUACUUCUUCAGGACCUCCAAGUUCAAGAUUGCCAAGCAAGUGUCCUUUGCAUUAGGGAAAUCUGAAAUCCACAUCGUAUCUUUAACAAGUCUAAAUAGCUUUAUUAACGUUCUUUUAAAUGAAAAGUACACGUUUUAUAUAGUGAAAUUUGAGUGAUUUUUCUUUUUCUUUUUUUUCUUUACAUCCCUAGGAUGUUCAAUCUCAUUUUAAUUCUGUGCAAAACACCUAACACAGACUUUUUGGAAAGUUAAUGUCAAAGGAAAAUACCACAUAUAAUGUAGCAUUGGCAUCUCUCAGCCUUUAUUUGGAUAAUAAUCAUGUUACUAUGAAAAGGGGAAAAAACCUUCAAGAUAAGUGCUGGUGUAUUUCUAAGAAAAACCAAGAAGAUACAAAUACACAGACACACAGGCGCGCACACACACACAAGCAUCCAGGGCCUGAUGCAUCGGGCCUAUCCAGUUUGAAGCUUUUGUUUUAUUUGUAUUUUUAGCCCAGACUGGCCACAGACUCACUGCUGCACGGCUAAGGCUGACCUUGAGUUUAUGAUCCUCCUGCCUCCACUUCCCAGUUACUGAGUUUACAGGCAUGCACACCUGGUGGUUCAGUUGAUAGUUUUUAAAACAUAAAACUUACCGGUAGCUCAGUGGGUGAGGAUUUGCAAGGCACUUUUGUGGAUUUUACUUGAAUUAAUCUUGACAGCCUUCCUGGGAAGUACAGAGCAAGGACUGUUUUACUUAGAGAUGAAGACUGAAGAAACUGGACUGUGUUGGUUGCAGUCCUAGUCUAGAACAUUCUCCCUCUCCUGUGGGGCUGACACCAACAAGCGUGGGCAGAUGUGUCUUGUAGGCUUAGGGUGUAGGAAUCUCUUAACACAGGCAAGGCUGGCUGUGUGACGGUAUUAACUCUACAGAAACGAGUUUGAUUGCUAAGUGACGCAAGUAUUUGGCAACUUCAUUUUAGGGAGUCAUCUCUUUUGCUCCUUUCUUUUCUGGCAAUUUUUAUAAAACUCGUCUACAAGCUCAAUUGGGGCCUAAAAUUUCCUGUUGAAAAUGUCGAAACAUUUUAAGUAACUGUGAAAAUGGUUUUUAUUCCUUGCCAAUCUGGGAAUAUGCCUUCUAUGUGUGUGUGUGCAUGUAUGUUUGUGUGUGUGUGUGAGCGUGUGUGUUAAGUGCUGUAUUAGUAUGUGUGUAUGUUAAAUGGCUGUAUUAGUGUGUGUGUGUGUGUGCAAGUGCUGUGUUAAUACUUUUUGAAAGAAAAGGACACUUAAAAAAAAUGUAUCACCCCAAAACUUCAAUCUGAAAUGUCUUACAUUAAGAAUUUCUUGAAUGUUGUGUAUAUAUUUUUAAAAGCACUUUGUGAAAUAGUUUGUACAUUUAUUUCCUAAUUUAUACAUGAUUUUGGUGUUAAUAUAUUUAAUGAUUAAUAAUAAUGUUUAUUUAAUGUUUUGUUCAUUUUUAUGUAAUUUUGUGGGGAACAGUAAUGCCAGCAGUUCUUUUUCAUUGACUGUAUUACAGCUUUUUCUUCUGUAACGUAAAUGUUCGGGGAGUCAUAGCUGAAAUGACUAUUCAUUCAUGCAGGUGUGGUUGACUGUGCAGUUUUUUUUAUGACUCCUCCUACCGAAGGCCAGAAAAGGUGAAGUGGGAGAUUUGGGAAUCGCUGCUCAUUCUUCCUCCUGUUUCCCAGAACCCGUCCAACAAUUGGUGAACGUGACCAGUGAUGAUUGAGGUUUUCAGAUGUGCUUGGCAGAAGCCCCGCAACGGGGGCUAUGGUUGGAGGAUGGACGCCUCUCCAGAAGCAGAGCACAGCACAGUGGGAGACUGGCCAUGUCUGCAGAGGCCACGGACCGGGGAGAAGUGUCUGCCUUUCCUGUCCGUGCCCGUUUUCAGACGUGGGCUUCAGUAACGAGCGUCCAUUCGCAAUUGUAAAAAGAGGAAGACUACGUUUCCAUUAAAACAUUUUUUAGCCACUACUUCAUUUCUGUUUAUCGAGCAGGUUAAAUCCGCCUUGUUAUUUGUUAACGCAGUACCCUCUCGUUUUGACCCCUUUUCGUUUGGUUUUGAGACAGACUCAACCGUGCAUCCCUGGCUGGCCUCAAACCCAGGGGCUAGAAUUAAAGGCGUGCUCCCCACCCUGGCUUUUUUCCUGGGCUGGAAUUCACGGCGAUCCUUCUGCCUCGGCCUCUUGAGUGGCGGAGCUGCAGACACCAUCGGAA